CGCGCUCGUCGGCCUCCUCGUCGACCCCCCUCGGUGCCAGAAGAUGUUCGUCCCAGGGUUCGGAGAGGCGUCGCCGGAGUCGAAGGCUGCGAAAAACAUGCAGGAUUUCUUCACCUAUGUUGCCGUCAAGAUCGUUCUUGCUCAGCUCGAGAGUUAUAACCCUGAGGGGUAUGAGGAGUUGAUGGACUUUGUGAGUAAGAACUCUCUCAAUGAUGGCGACAAGUUCUGCUCUGGGCUCAUGAGGGAGUCCCCAAGGCAUAGAGGGUUGGCUCUGCGGAUUCUGGAGGUGAGAUCAGCAUACAUCAAAAGAGAUUUCGAGUGGGAUAACCUGCAAAAACUGGCCUUUAAGAUGGUUGAUGAAUCCAACACUAAGCUUAUGAGGGAGUAUGUGCUGGAAACAAGUCACAUGGAGAACGGAGAGUGAGAAACACAGUCUUCACUUCUCGCAACCUCUUGCUCCAUGGCGUUAAGCAUUCAUAUAUCCGUUCUUGAGUACAACGCGUUCCUACGUAAAUGCACAUCUAUGUAUAGUACACGACAAGGACGAAGAAACUAGGAUUUAGAGGGAGAAUGUUUCGGAACGGAGAUUGAGAAAAGGAUUUGCUUCUUGCGAUGCGAAGUCUGCUCACAAUAUUUUACGCAUUCAUCCUCGGAUAGCGAGGCUUCCUGUAUAAGCACACGUAUCUGAAAAAGCGUACGCAUCAAGUAAAAUAUGUGAGAGAUAACCGAAGAUCUUACGAUCAUCUUCUUUCAUCGUUUCUCAUCACGCAAAUAAAACUCGGUUUCUAUUAAA